CAACGAUAGAACUUACAAACAUUGACCACAUUAAUAUUCAUUAAUCAAAUAUAUUAUAUAAUUAGUAACUAGUAAAUAACUAUUAACUAAUUAGUGAUUACUAAACUAUCACUUACAUGAUUUUGUAUAAUCUGUGAUACCUACUGCUGUCUACAAUAUAAUUUAUUUAAAAUUUAUCACAGAACUGUAAUACAAUAUAAUAUUUUGCUUAGUGUUAAUUGACAUGAUAAUUUAUAUUAUACAAUAAAUUAUUUAAUAUAAUAUAUCACAAACAAAAAAAUAAUUAUUAACAAUAUUUUCAAUUUGUAUAGUUACUAAUAAGUAUCAAUUUUAAGUUACUCGAAGAUAGUUGAAGAAAAGGUCUGUUUUCUUUUGACUUACAAUUCAAGUCUUAAAUUGUUUGCAAUGGAUCAAGAAGAUUUUAAUGAUCCGCGAAAAAUUAACUUUCAAAACAACCGGUUGUGUUAUGUUGGCCAAGAUGUUACGAGUAUUCCAGAAAUACUGGGUAAAAUGUAUGGAUCCAAAGUCAGGUCUUUGGAUCUGAGCUUCAAUAGUUUGACCACUCUAAAUCAUUCAGAACUAUUUCCUGAUUUAGAAGAGCUUGUUUUAGAUAACAAUAAUCUAGAUGAUACUAUUAAAUUACCUUAUUUACCACAAUUACAUAUACUCUCAAUGAAUAAUAAUAAAAUCACGGUCUUAGAAAACUUGGUCACCCAAAUAAAAUAUAGUAUGCCUUCUUUAAGAUUUCUCAGUUUGAUUGGAAACAAAGCUUGCCCAACACAGCUAAUAGAUUUUGAAAAAGACGAAAACGAUUAUAAAAGAUAUAGGUAUUUUGUUUUACAUUAUUUACCAGAACUGAGAUUUCUUGAUUCAAGACCAGUUACUGAUGAAGAACUAGAUACUGCAAUAACUAAAGGCGAAUUCACCAAAAUCAUACGCCCCCGGUUUGGAAAUGAACCACUUCGAUUUGAUUGGAAAUUAUCUCUUGGAUCUCAAUCUCGUGCAGAUACUUCAAAUAUUUUCUCCCCAAUUCCUGUAUCUCCAACACAAGAAAUACAUCAUCAAGCUGCAUAUGGCCGACGUCGAUACCGUUAUGCUGGAAAACAUUCAGAAGGCAACCGUUUUAUUUUAAAUAGAGAUUUAUAAACAUUGAUUAUAACAUUAUAAUUAUUACAACUUACAAGAUUAAUAAUAUAAUAAAUAUUUACAUAAAUAAUA